UUUAAAUUCUAAAUUUUUUAAAUCUUAUUUAUGAUAUUUUAUACUAUUAUAUAAGUAUAUAUUUUUAUAUUAUAAAUUUUUAUAUGCUUAUUAUAUGUCUAAGAAACAUGCUUAGAUAUCGUAAUUAUUUAUUUAAUACUAGCCAAUGUAUAAUGUAUCAAUUUGUCAAUUGUUUUUUCGUAACAAUUCAACAGCGAUUUUUGGUACAAUCAUCAUCAGAUCAAUUGAAAAAAGAAAAUAUGCAAACAGUACAAUUAUUGUCAGGAUAUGAUAUGCCUAUUGUGGGUUUAGGUACAUGGCAGGCUAAGGCUGAAGAUAUUGAAAAUGUUGUGACAUUUGCUCUAGAAAUUGGCUAUAGACAUAUUGAUACUGCAUUUAAUUAUAAUAAUGAAGAAGCAAUUGGAGAAGUAUUAAAAAAAAUGGUUGAAAAAGGUGGAAAACGUGAAGAUCUUUUCAUCACUUCAAAGUUACCCCAUUAUGGAAAUCGACCAUCAGAUGUAGAAAAAUUUAUUAAUUUAUCACUGAAAAAACUUGGAUUAGAUUAUUUAGAUAUGUACUUAAUCCAUAUGCCUUUUGCUUUUAAGUUAGAUGAAAAUGCUUAUACUCCAGCAGUUCAUGAAGAUGGAACUUAUGUGUUAGAUCUUGACACAAAUCCUGUUUCAGUGUGGAAAGAAAUGGAAGAACAAGUAAGAAAAGGUCGUACAAAAUCUAUAGGUUUAAGUAAUUUUAAUGAAAAACAGGUGUUAGAUAUAUGGGAAAAUGCACAAAUUAAACCAAGUAACUUACAAAUAGAAUUACAUGCAUAUCUACAACAAAAUUCACUUCGACAAUUGUGUCAAAUGCACAAUAUUAUUAUAACAGCUUAUAGUCCUUUGGCAUCACCUGGAGCUAAAAUUCAUCUUCAAACAAAAUAUAAACAUAAUAUUGAAAAUUUCCCAGAUCUUCUAGGACAUCCAACAGUACAAAAAAUAAGCGCAGAAUAUAAAAAAUCACCAGCACAAAUUUUAUUACGUUACUUAUUGCAAAUAGGUGUUGUUGUAAUACCAAAAAGUUCAUCUUUCGAAAGACUAAAAACAAAUAUUGACUUAUUUAAUUUUUCAUUAAGAGAAGAAGAAACAAAACUUUUAAGUACUUUAGAUAAAGGUCCACGUGGAAGAAUUUUUAAUUUUUGUUUUUUAAGGGGGUUGAGAAUCAUCCACAUUAUCCAUUUAAGGAUGAAUUACAAUCCUAAUUAAAAAAAAAGAUUAUUAAUAUGUAGUUUAAAUAUAUACAUAUUUAUAUAUUGAAAUGAAUGAAAUAUGGAAACUAUAUAUAAUAACAAAUAAAUAUAAUUAAAAUGCAAA